UGAGAUCGCUACCAGGUCCUUGAAGAUGCGAAAGUGCGGCGGACGAAACGGGAGGGGAACGACACUAACGCUCACGCCGGGAUUCGCCCACCGCCCUGAUCUGUCAGCGCCGGGAGCGGUAUAGCGUCCGGUACAGCUUGCAUUCACCCGACCUUCUCUGGCCUGCGCGCUGCGUUGUAUACAUGCUACAGUUGUCCUCUGGCAAGCAACAGUUGAUCCUCACCAUCCAUGCCGCCCAAAGGCCGCGAUGGACACGGCGCAGUCAUGCCGGACGACGACUCUGCCGCUGAUGCGCAAAACCGCGCUCCCAAUACACCCGCGCCUCGAGGCAUCUUUUCCGUUCCUGCGCCGAUAAAACGCAUAUUCGACAAAGUCCCUCUGAUAACAUACCCUCCCAACGAAUUACCUUAUCGUGCAGCAAACGAAGUCGAUGGAAAUCGACUAUUCAUAUUCACAGAUGAUGAAGGCGCAAGACUGGGGAAGCCAUCAUUCAACCCGCAAUGCCUACGGUGGCAGGCAUACUUGAAAUUCCUGGGCAUUGACUUCCAUACGGUCCCCUCGAGUAAUCACGCAUCGCCAACCGGUGCUUUACCCUACCUCCUUCCGGCUUUUCCUCUGAACACUCUCGUUCCCAUCCCUUCGAAUAAGUUGCAGAAAUGGGCCAUUGAGCAGGUCCACUGCGAAGAAGAGCAGCAGAUCAGUAUGCGCUUUGAAGUAUAUGCCUCUCUACUGGAUACUCGAAUACGAAACGCAUGGUUGUAUGCUCUAUACCUAGACAAGGACAAUUUCGACGCUGUGGCGCGGAAACGUUAUAUUGAACCUUCCACAUCGAAUACCCUCGUCCGGUCUGUGCUAGCUACUCAGCUUCAGCAGGCUGCGCGUGACGAGCUACUAAAGACCUCGGAUUACAUUGACGUCAGUGAUCUUGAGGCCGAAGCCGACAAUGCCUUCGAGGCCCUGUCAACCCUUCUAGGAGAUAAUGAAUACUUCUUCAACCGCAGGACGCCCGGACUAUUCGAUGCGAGCGUCUUCGCAUAUACACAUCUACUCUUAGACAGCAACAUGGGCUGGAAACACAACAGACUGGCGCAGCUAUUGAGGAAGUAUAGGAACCUCGUACAACACCGGGACAACUUGUUUGAAAAAUUCUUUUAAGAGAUGAGUCGACAAAG